AUGGACGACAAAGUUUCAGAAAAGGAGAGCUCCCCAAAACAAACAGAGGAGGAUUCUGAAGGUAAAAUGGCACAUGUGCAGCCUGCUUCGUACGUGAAUAAAAAAAAAUAUGUUUUUGGGAAGACAUUAGGUGCUGGUACAUUUGGUGUGGUGAGACAAGCCAAAAACACUGAAACAGGGGAGGACGUGGCCGUUAAAAUCCUGAUCAAGAAAGCACUAAAGGGAAACAAGGUUCAGCUAGAGGCUUUAUACGACGAGUUAGACAUUUUACAAAGACUGCAUCAUCCAAAUAUAGUGGCAUUUAAGGAUUGGUUUGAAUCAAAAGACAAGUUCUACAUUAUCACGCAAUUAGCCAAAGGGGGUGAAUUGUUCGAUAGGAUUUUGAAGAAGGGUAAGUUCACUGAGGAAGAUGCAGUGAGAAUUUUGGUUGAAAUAUUGAGCGCAGUCAAAUAUAUGCAUUCUCAGAAUAUUGUUCAUAGGGACUUGAAACCGGAAAAUUUACUGUAUAUAGAUAAAAGUGACGAAUCUCCACUGGUAGUUGCUGAUUUUGGUAUCGCAAAGAGAUUGAAAAGUGAUGAGGAACUCCUCUAUAAGCCGGCAGGCUCACUGGGUUACGUGGCUCCAGAGGUACUUACUCAGGACGGUCAUGGUAAACCUUGCGACAUUUGGUCGAUAGGUGUCAUUACGUAUACUUUGCUUUGCGGUUAUUCGGCGUUUAGAGCCGAAAGGGUUCAAGAUUUCCUUGACGAAUGCACAACUGGUGAGUAUCCAGUGAAGUUUCAUAGGCCUUAUUGGGAUUCCGUUUCCAAUAAAGCAAAACAAUUCAUCUUGAAGGCUCUUAAUUUGGAUCCUUCAAAGAGACCGACCGCCGCAGAACUCUUGGAAGAUCCAUGGAUUAUUUGUACCGAAUUGAAGACGCACAAUUUAUUGCCUGGGUUAAAGGAAGGAUUGGAUGCUCGUCAAAAGUUCCGUAAUUCUGUUGAGAGAGUCAGAUUAAACAUGAAGAUCCAGAAAUUAAGAGAUCUGUAUCUUGAACAGACAGAGAGUGAUUCAGAUUUUGACGAAGGAAGUCAAGCAAACGGUUCAGUUCCUCCAUUGAAAGCAACGGAUACCAGUCAACUAUCCAAGAAGCUAUCAGAAGAAGAACAGUCUAAGUUGAAGUCCGAGUUAACCAGCAAAGCUUUUGCACAAUUAGUUAACACAGUGCUUGCCGAAAAGGAAAAAUUUUUAAAUAUUAACAGAGUCUGUAGUUCUGAUAGCGAUCUUCCUGGGAGUGAUAUAAAGUCUUUGGAUGAGGCGAAGGAGAAACCAGAGGGGAAGGAUACCAAAACAGAAGAAUGA